CACACGCACACACAUCGAGUAGCUGUAUGCUACGCUGAUACGCGAGUAACAAAAAAAAAAAAAACGAGAAAUGUUUGAUUCACAACCUAUAGCGCUUCGGCUAUAUACUAGCCUAUGAAACAUGUAAUUUAAAGUACAUAAAUGGUCAUUAUUGCAAAGUUCAAACGACAAAAAUAAAAACGCGAUUUAGCAGGAAUUGUAAUCAGGCGCUAAAAAAUAAUACACAUUAAAUGUUCGUUGAGCCAAUGGGAUCACUCGGGGUCCUAAGCGGACUCGAUUUCUCGGGCGGACUCGAUUUAUCAUGACACCGGAUCUGGGCCAAAACUGCUUGCUGUCUGGCGCAUAGAGGGUAUAAUUGUAUACUUUUGUUGGGUGCCGGCACAUAUUGGAAUAGUAGGAAAUUAAAUAGCGGAUAAGUUAGCAAAAGAAGCGUUAAGGAAAGGCUUGAUAGAUAUUAAGAUACCUUUAGGAAGAAAUUAAGUUAGAUCAAUAAUUAAAAGAGAAAUAACAAAAAUAUGGCUCUUUAUAAAAUAUGGUUCUUUAUAUUAAAAAUAUAAAGAACAGGUCAGUGAGUAUAAUGGAUUUAUUGGGAAGGGUUUGAGGGAUAGACAGAGGUUUAAGGAUGUGAUAACAUUUUUAGAGCUUACAGGACUAGAUCACCGGAUCUAAAGCCUGAGGAGAAGGAGCAAGUAGCUCUGAUCAUCCUGGAGGUUGAGGAGAUCAGUGUGGAAGCUGGAUGAGCUGAACACGCAGCGUCAGCUGAAGCUUGGUAUCUGAUCUGCUGGGAUGUACAAGAAAGAUAUUUCCUUUACUCUCACCGCUUCUCUCUCUCCAGUCCAGCGUGUGGCGCUAAAACACAUUCGUGUGUUUGUCAAACUCCAUUAAGCCUCGGAGGAAGAAGAUUUGUUUCACGCGCUCUCUGUUGUUUUAAUGUGGCGCUGGUUUAAUACAAACUGUUAGAAAUAUAAUUUCUGUAAACAGGAUAAAUACAGUUUUUGAAUCAGGUCAGUAAACACCUGUAAUAAUCUCAUCAUCAUAGUCGUGUCUACGUUUUGAAGCAAAGAUAAAUACAUCGGGAAGAGUAUCAGCUAAAGAUGGUGUUUAUUAAAGAGGAGAUUGAGGAGAACACGAGUGAAAUAAAAGAAGAGGAACCAGAAACCUGCAGAAUAAAACACGAGGAACGAGGAGAGUUUAUUGAAGAAAGUGAGGAGAACAAAAAAUGGAGUGAAGUUGAGAAGAAAAAUCAUGUCAAAACUGGAGAAAAACCUUUGACUUGCUCUCAAACCAAACAGGAAGAUCUAAAGAAAAGAGCUUUCACCUGUACUCUGUGUGGAAAGAGUUUCACAUACAAAUAUCAUCUUGAUUUUCACAUGAGAGUUCAUACUGGAGAGAAACCGUUCACUUGUAAUCAAUGUGGAAAUAGUUUUGCACACUUAAAAACCCUUAAGAGACACAUGAGAAUCCACACUGGAGAAAAACCUUAUAAGUGUUCACACUGUGACAAGACAUUUAGACACUCAUCACAUCUCAAAACACAUAAGAGGAUCCACACUGGAGAAAAACCUUAUAAGUGUUCACACUGUGACAAGAGAUUCAAUAAUUCAUCAAGUCUGAAAAUGCAUGAGAGGAUCCACACUGGAGAGAAACCGUACACUUGUAAUCAAUGUGGAAAUAGUUUUGCACACUUAACAACCCUUAAUAGACACAUGAGAAUCCACACUGGAGAUAAACCUAUUAAGUGUUCACACUGUGACAAGAGAUUCAAUAAUUCAUCAAAUCUGAAAAUGCAUGAGAGGAUCCACACUGGAGAGAAACCGUACGCUUGUGAUCAGUGUGAGAAGUGUUUCACACGCUUAUCACAACUGAAGGAUCACUUGAACAUCCACGCUGGAGAGAAACCCUACUCAUGUGUUCAAUGUGAUAAAAAAUUUAUGAGGGCUUCAAACCUGAAGAAUCACCUCACAGUUCAUACAAAGGAGAAGCCGUAUUCAUGUUAUUUGUGUGGAAAGAGUUUUUCACGCUUUUCAAAUUUGAAAGGACAUCAGAAAAUACAUACUGGUGAGAGAGAGUACAUAUGCUCUGAGUGUGGAAACACUUUCACUUCAGCGGACAGUUUAAAACAGCAUGAGAGGAUCCACACUGAAGAAAAACCUUAUAAGUGUUCACACUGUGACAAGAGAUUCAGAAACUCAUCUAAUCUGAAAACACAUGAGAGGAUCCACACUGGAGAAAAACCUUUUGAGUGUUCACACUGUGACAAGAGAUUCACUCAGUCAGUACAUCUGAUAACACAUGAGAGGAUCCACACUGGAGAAAAACCUUAUAAGUGUUCACACUGUGACAAGAUAUUCAGAAACUCAUCGUAUCUGAAAACACAUGAGAGGAUCCACACUGGAGAGAAACCGUACACUUGUAGUCAGUGUGAGAAGUGUUUCACACACUCAUCACAACUUAGGGAUCAUAUGAACAUCCACGCUGGAAAGAAACCCUACUCAUGUGUUCAAUGUGAUAAAACAUUUUUGAGGGCUUCAGACCUGAAGAAACACCUGACAGUUCAUACAAAGGAGAAGAAUUUAAGUUUUUUAGGUGAAAAUAUUUUUUCAAUUGUGAAAAUAUAUCAAAAAACACAUACUGGUGUCAAAAAGUACAAGUGCUCCAAGUGUGAAAACACUUUUACGUCAGGGGGCAGUUUAAAACAGCAUGAGAGGAUCCACACUGGAGAGAAACCUUAUUAGUGUUCACACUGUGACAAUAGAUUCAGGAUACGCACAAAUUUUUUAUCGUAUAAGCGUUUCGUCCACACGCAUCCGGCGUUUUUGUAAG